AUGCAAUUCAGAAUUAUUGAGUGGGAUCAAGGAUGGAACUUUAUCCAGGAGGGGAUUAUGAAUCUAAAGAGGAGAAUUGCAGAAGGUUUACCAGAGAAUCAAGUCAGUGCCGCAGAGAUUCUUGAUACGUACACAACUAUCUAUAACAUGUGCACUCAAAAACCUCCCUAUGAAUAUACUGAGUCCCUUUAUGACAGAUAUAAGAGGACAUUUGAGGAGCACAUUACUUCAACGGUGCUGCCCUCUUUGAAAGCGAAGCCCAACGAGUUUCUGUUGCAGGAGUUUGUCAAAAGCUGGAGAGAUUAUAAGGUUAUGCUUUGGUGGAUGUCUCGCUCCUUUGCAUAUCUUGAUCGUUACUUCCUCAAUCGGCGAUCACUUCCAGGGCUAAAGGAAGCUGCAGUUAAAUACUACCGUGAUUUGGUUUACCGGGAGGUAAAUGCUAUCGUGAGAGAAGCUGCAAUUCGUCUUAUUGAUAAAGAACGUGAAGGAGGAGAAAUUGACAGAGCACUAUUGAAGAAUGUGAUAGAUAUAUUUGUUGAAAUUGGAGCAGGACGAAGGGAUGCUUACGAAAAGGACUUCGAAGGAUACAUGAUAACUGAUACUCGUGAUUACUAUUCUCGUAAAGCAUCGAGAUGGAUUUUGGAGGACAAUUAUACGAAUUAUAUGUUGAAGGUAGAAGAAUGCUUGAGAAGGGAGAGGGAUAUAGUUUCUCAUUACCUGCAUCCAAGCAGUGAGAAGAUGCUGGUGGAGACAGUGAAACAUUGGUUGGCGGUAUAUGCAAAUCAACUCAUUGGAAAGAAGCGUUCUGAAUCUGGAUGUGGAGGUGAUUGCCUUACAGUUGAUAAUAUCGAGGAGCUUUCUAAGAAUUUUAUUGCUGCUGUAGUAUUGGAACAGCAAGUUCCUGCUCAGUGUUCAACCUUGAUCCAACAGGCUGAAGAUGCUGCAAUGCAGGAAUGA